AUGAGAAUUGAACUCUUGCCUUUAUUAGGGAAGCAGUUGUGCCUAACUCUGGUCACUGUGUUAGCGUCGUGCUCAGCAGACCUGUUCUCGAAGGCUACGAGGACUAAGGCUGAUGAGAGGGACCUGAGGAGCAGCGUGUUUGACUUCAUCAUAGUGGGCGGGGGCACUGCCGGCUGCGUCCUGGCCAACAGACUAUCAGCUGUGCACGAUUGGAAGGUAUUAGUCCUCGAAGCUGGCGACGAGGAGAACAUAGACUAUGAUAUUCCUGGAGUCCCAACAAAGGAUUAUCGACCCAUACUGUGGAACUACAGGACUGAGAAGAAUGGCUUCUCCUGCCUUUCCAGGCCUGGUGGUAGCUGUGAAGUUAGAACUGGAAAGGUUCUUGGAGGAUCGAGUGUUACUAACGAUAUGAAGUAUACUAGAGGUCACAAAGUCGAUUAUGAUAGCUGGCACAGUACGGGAGCACUUGAAUCCUUAGAUUGGAAGUUUGGCAAUUUGAUUGAUAUGUUCAAAGCUUCUGAAGAUAACGGUGAUUAUGAUACCUUGGUAAACUCAUUCUACCAUGCAAGAGGAGGCGAAAUGCGCGUGCAGCGAUUCAAACACGUGGACCGCUAUAUUGAAGUUUUCGAUGCUGCAUUUGCAGAAAUGGGACUUCGCACCCAAGAUAUUAAUACUAAUAUCGCGGAAGCCGUUGUCAACCACCAAUUCACAAUUUGGAAUAACACAAGACUGAGUACAAACAGUGCUUUCCUAAAACCAGUUAAACACAGGAAGAAUUUGACUAUAUUAACUGGUGUCACUGUUACUAAAAUAAUGAUUAAUACUCAAGAAAAAUCCGUAGACGGUGUUGUGUAUGAAAUCGAAAAGGGAAAAGAGAGGCCGGCUUACGCCAAACGAGAAACGAUAUUAACUGUUGGUGCUAUAAAUAACGUAAAACUAUUACACUUGUCUGGCAUUGGACCAAAAGCAGAUUUAAAAAAACAUAACAUAACUACUAUAGUUGAUUUGCCUGUAGGCUUAAAUUACCAAGACCAGGUGACAACUGGUGGCUUAUCGUUUGCUAUUAACGAUGUCGCUCCGGUCAGUGAAAACCAAGUUAUAAACGAUUUUAAGACCUGGUUCCAAAAUCGUAGCGGUCCUUUGGCAUCAAAAGGUAUAGGACAAAUAUCAGCUUAUAUCCAAUUAUAUGAAAAUUAUAACGCACCAGAUGUAGAACUCAGUUUGGAGGGUAAUUUUGUAAGAAGUGAUAAAUUUAUGUUGACAAAUAUAAGUGUUAACGCAGCUGAAGAGACUAAUUUACCACUUUCAUAUUACAAUUUGGUCAACUUGUAUCCAAUACUGCUUAGACCUAAAAGUAAGGGAAAAGUUACACUAAACAAAAGGAAUCCUAAGCUUGGCAGACCUGUUAUACAGGCUAAUUUAUUAAAAGAAUCUGAAGAUUUAGAUAGUAUGGUUGAUAGUAUCGAUAUAGCAUUACAAUUAUUAGAUACAAAGGAAAUGAAGAAGGCGGAAAUAAAACUAGCUCCAAUAGAUUUAUUCCCAUGUGAUAGGCUGAGAAACAGAGACCAAUGGAAUUGUAUAGCCAGACAUUAUACUAAAGCCAUGAGUAAUCCAGUUGGAACCUGUCGAAUGGGAGGGAACAAGACAGAUUCUGUUGUAGAUUUUAAACUAAGAGUUCAUGGAAUUGAAGGUCUUAGGAUAGCAGAUGCCUCGGUGAUGCCAACCCACGUUAGAGGAGGUAUAUAUGCACCUACAAUGAUGAUUGCGGAAGUGGCUGCUCGAAUAAUUCUAAAAGACUGGAAAGAAAAUAGUGGAACAUAUAAUAGAAGGUGA